GGAUAGUGGCAGCGAGCGGGUCCCCCCGUGCAGCGCUGCUGCUGCUGGUGGCGUCAACGGUGUACCACGUGGUGGUGCGCGCAGGGCUCACCACGCUGUGCCUCACGCUGCUCGCCUCCUUCCUGGCCUGCGACCUGCUGCUCCUCCUCGCCUCCUCCCUCCAAGAUGACCCCGCCCAACCCGACUCGUCCCCCGCAAACCAGUCCCAAGCAAUGCUAGUGCAUCCGGACAAGCAUGGGGGGGACGAGAAGAAUGCCAUAGUGGCUUUUCAACGCCUGCAGAGCGCAUACGAGGUACACCAUGUGCUUUCUUCAUACAUGACUCACUGA